AUGGAUCCCACAGUGCGCAGUAGCCUCGUCUCGACCGCGCGGGAAACCAGCGCUACCUUUGUCGCGUUCUGCACGUCGCCCAAGAUUACGAGCGCGUUGACGUACCUCGGCGACGACCGGCGCAUCCAGCUCUACGACGGCCGCGUUCGCGGACGUUAUGUCGCCAAGGCCGUGACGCUGAUGCCUGGGACGGUCCACGACGUGCUCGCGGCGCUAGCCGUCGACUCGACGCCGGCAUUGGCCAAAACGAUGCGCAUGCUGUUUGGAAAGGCGUUUGCUGACGGCAUGACGCUGCACGCGUCUUCCAAGCCCGCGGAAGAGAGCGACGGGGUUCACGUGCACUGGUUGGCGCUACUCGGCGGCCAAAACAUGGGCGACAUGGCCGAGUGCGACGCUGUGCUCGCGUCCCAUACGCAAUACUACGAGCCGGAUGCCACUGACGCGAUGGAGCUCUUGGCGACUCCGACAUUCUCGCCCGCCGUCAUCGCUGGCAGCCACGUGUGGGAGUCGACGACGCUCCUGCGGUCGCUUGAGCCUGUGCCGUCGCGCCACCCGACACCGCGCCUCGACCUCCGCUCGUCGGGUGUCUAUGUCGAGGCAGCGGUGAGCGAUCGUGGACUCAACGAACACGUCGUGCGCGUCACCAUGGUUCUCUCGCUCGCUGGUCUUGUGUCGGGCGCAACGACCGAGCUCAGCCGAGUCGCCCGUCGUGGCACGAUCCAACUCGUGCCCCGGGAAGAGUGGGCGCACUCGCGCGCCUGUGCCCAAUGCGCCGUCACGUUUCGUCUCUUUCGGCGGCGGCAUCACUGCCGCCUUUGCGGUCACGCGGUCUGCGGCACGUGCUCGUGCGCCAUGGACCUUGACUACCCGAUGCUCGCCAACGGCGACGUCGUGCGGCACGCAACCGUGCGCAGCUGCACCCGCUGCGCGUUCGAGAGCCACACACUUGUGCACCGGGGUACGGCGCGCAGCCACAGCGCACCCCUGGACAUGGCCGUGUCCGACCCGACGCCGUCCUCCCGGCGGCGCGUCUGGAGCAUCACCACGGCGCCACUGUCGUCGUCGGCGUCAAGCAGUCGUCUCCAGCGCGGAAGCAGCUCGUACUUUGACUUUUCCGACUCGGAGUGCGGCACACCACUGCACGCCGGUACGCCCAGCCGUCGUCCUUGCCAACCCAUUGCCGAGAUGGGCGGUGAUAGCAGCGUCGGGUACAAGCCUCUGGAUCGCGCGGAACGCAUGCGGCGACGUGCGUCGCCACCAAACAUCAAGCCUCGGAUCAAGCUCAUUGAAGACGACCUGCUGGAAGAGCUCCUUAUGACAGCGUCGCAAAGCAACGACGAAGACGACGGCGGUCUCCGCCUCUCGCAAAUCGAUUUGAGCGUCUCGCCCCUAGCGCCGGACGACGCAUUUCCGAGUCUCUCGAGCCGCGGCGCCGUCGCGCGCCAGCUCGAGAAGCACUUGUCGGAAGACCCGAUUCUCAUCGACUAUGGUGACGCGCUCUCAAGCAAGCGGUACUCGGCGAAGAGUGAGGACAUGAUUUGCCUCCAUACGACGACAGUUUAACUUCUAUUACUUCAAAUAAUACCG